AUGGAAAUCGGUGAACAAGAACCUGUGUUAGACAUCAAGAAACGUUUAGGACAGUUUCUUCAGAUUCCAUCAUCUUCUUUAACUCUCUUUGUCUCUUGUUGGGAACUUCUCGAUGGUCUUGACAUCGAAGAUUAUCCGAUCAUCUCUCACGGUACAAGAAUCGAUCUCACCGUAACUCCCACUUUCUUUAACCCUAUCGUUAAGAAAAUCCAUGUCACCGUCAAGUUCCCGUCAAAACAAUUCACCAUCGAAGUAGACAGAACCGAAACGGUAAGUAGCUUGAAAGACAAGAUUCACAUUAUGGAGAAUACACCGAUCAAGCGAAUGCAGUUAUACUACUCAGGUAUCGAGCUAGCAGACGAUUUUCGGAACCUAAACGAAUACGGAAUCAGUGAAUUUGCGGAGAUUGUGGUGUUUCUCAAGUCAAUCAACCGUGCAAAAGACGUUGUUCCGGUGAGGAAACUAUGUUUCUUGGUGCAGACGUCAUCGAGUUUAUUCGGCGGUGCGAGGAUCCCUGUGGAGUUUAAAGACUCUUGUACCAUCUCGGAGAUGAGAGAAGGGUUACAAGCUAACAAGACUUUGCCAAGAGAUGAGUAUAUAUUUGUACAUAAGCAACGGAUUAUGCGAGAGAAUUGUAGUCUUCGGUGGCAUGGUGUUGAAAAUGGUGACACUCUUUUUGUGUUUAAAGGGUCUAUUAGUCAUAGAAGUUACUGA